AUGUGCAAAGAUGGGUAUUUUGACACAAGAGGAUCAUGCCUGAACAAAUGCCCGGAUAAUUGCUUUAAUUGUUCAACAAAUACAGAUUGUUAUUCAUGUAAAGAUGGAUUUUAUAGUAGUGGUAACCAGAAUUGUAAAAAGGAUGACGGUACAUGUCCCGAGGGUUGUAAGGAUGGUUUCAAAGGGUCAUUUUGUUUGGAAUGCGUUCAGGGUAAAUAUGGAGAAGAAUGUAAAAGUGAUUGUCCAGAUACUUGUAAAGGCAACAGAUGUGAGAAACAGUCUGGGCAUUGUUUUGAAUGUAAGGACAAUUUUGACGGAAUGAUUUGUGAUACCUGUGAACCUGGCUUUUAUGGCUCAUAUUGUGAGCUGAACUGUUCCCCUAAUUGUAUGAAUAUUUCCUGCUAUAAAGAUUCUGGGAAGUGUAAAGAGGGAUGUAAGAAUGACCACUCUGGAGAUUUGUGUUGUAUACACAGCUAUAAUUGUUUAUAUUGCAAAAAUAACACAGCUUGUCGUGAAUGCGAAUCUGGGUUCUUUGGUCAAUCCUGUAAACAGACAUGCAGCGAUCUUUGUAUCAACAAUGUCUGUGAAUUUAAUACUGGUAUUUGCACAAAAGGAUGCAUAGCUGUUUUAGAUAAUCCAAUUUGUACUGAAAGUAAAGAACAAGCAAACGUUGAUUACAAAGAUGGUUCAAAGGGUACUUUAUUUGCCGUGUUUGCAACUCUUUUUGCUAUUACAACUGUUGCAUUAUGUGUGUUGAUAUCGAGUAUGGUUGUAAGGAAACUCUUUACAGCAAAAAGGCCAGAGAAAGAAAAGGAAACCGGCAUCCUCAUAUUCUUCCUUAACCGUGUCGUAGGUUCAGCUCAGACAGCCCCGACUCAGUUGAAGAACAAAGGAAAUUUCUCGUAA